CCCUCCCGCCAGGAUGGUGGGAGGGAUCCCUGUCAAGGGGCUGCACGGAGCCGUCAAGCAAGCGUAUGAGGGGAAGUUUGUCGACCGAUUUCCCGAACUCCCCACGGCUGGAAAGCUGAUACCUGUUGGAGAUACCGCUGCUACUUGUCUGACAGGUAUUUUACCCCGGCCAAUUACUCCACCUAUUAUAAAAAAGUUUCGAAACACCAGCAACCCUCCUCCUGGGAGAGAGAGAGUAUUUUAUGGCCGAGCAAACGAUCCUGAUAUUGCAUUACAUUUGACACAUGGUGUAAAAAGCAUCCCUUCAGAGAGUGUAGCGUCACUGGCAAAUCCACCUCCCAAAACGUGCUUUCAACAAAAACUGAAAGAGAAGAAAGAAAGAAUUUAUUUAAGCAGCCGUGAAGCUCCCGUUGGGAAAUCCCACGAUCAGUCACUAAGAUUACCUAAAGGACUGGAUGUGACUAACACUCGAUUUGGAGUAACAACCCUCCGAGAGGGUCCUGGAGGAGAGGUUAUAAAUCCACCAAAGACAUUUGAUGAAGUCCAAAGGGAAGCACAAGAAGGACAUGAAUUGUAUGUUCUUACACACAAUGAUUAUUAUGUCGGGGAGUCAAUGAAUAGAAAAUAUAACCCAACUACAUUCAACAGAUUUAAUUUAUAUGGAAAAGAAACACCACACUUUAAUGACGGCCGAAAUGUAGCUAGAACUUUUCGCUGGCUCCAUGAUCUACAGAUGAAGAAAUCAGCAAAAAUAGUGUCCAAAAUAAGUGAUGAUUUCAAGGAAAAAUUUCAGCCUCAGCUUGGAAAAGUCUUUGAUCCUAUAGCAGAGACGCUCAAUGUUCCACCAGACCAUACAUUUGGAGUGCUCGUUCGUCCUGAAGAAUAUGGUGUUGGGGACCUUCUUCAUUACAGGCUUCCUAGUGAAUACCUUCGCGGUAAAGACAGAGAGCGGGCCGUCCUUACUGCAAUUCGACAGAAUCUGAAGAAAGCUAAUUACCACAAUUUUGAAACAUUAUUACAAGCAUUUAGGCAUUGUGAUAAGGAUGGUGAUCGGAAAAUAGGCAAGGAAGACUUGAAAAGGUCCUGUUUUCAGCUUAACCUGGACUUGGAUGAAGAGCUCCUGGAUGCUUUAUUUAACUACUGUGAUUUGGAUAAAGAUGGUUUUAUAAACUAUCUAGACUUUGUGAAUUUCCUUAACUGGAAAGACAAAAUGUCUCUUCACGAGUAUGAAGAAAAAAUUGUUACAAAAGGUAAAAGGCCAGAACUCUUUGACCUCAUUCCACCAGACAGUGCAGAAGCCAAAGCGGAUGAAGAUGCCCUGCUAAAGAAGGAUGACAUCGUAUUAAAGGAACCUGGGAGUUUAGAAAAGACACCCAGAACACUUUCAAGACCAACUGAUCGUGUAUUGUCAGACUAUCGUACAACUUCUUCUCAAUAUAAUGCAGUUGUAGGAGGCAUUCCCUCAUCAUUUUACCCACUAUGUGGUGUUCCAACCAUUCGUGCAGAUAUUCCUGCCCCUCGAUUUCGCCGCAUCAGUGACAACACUAACUAUGGGGAUCAAGCCACUGCAUUUGCAUUAUUAUACCCCUCUAUCUUUAGCAAUAAAGGAGUAUAUGAGAAAGACAUCUUCAAGACAAGAUCAAAAGAUGAGAUUGCACGCAUUUUGCGCAACAUUGGUGUCCAACUUUCGGAUGAAAGCUUUGAUGAAGUAUGGAACCAGGCCUCUCAGAAAGAUCAUAGAGGAGAGGUUUGUGUAGAAUCCAUCAGAAAUGUACUGGAUGAGAUGCAGGCAUCAUAUAUAAAAAGCAGAUCAUGAUGCUUCUCUGGGUUCUCUGAUAUUUAAUGUAUUUAAUUUGCAAUCCGACGUGGUACAUCAUUCCCCUAUAUAAAGUGGACUCUCUUA